AGAUUAGGAAUUUAGGGUUUCUACAACAGUAUGUCAUCAUCGGGAAGACAGUUGGUGGUGGCAGGAGGAGGGCAGGGUGAUUUGAAUCUGGAAAACCGUAAGCUUGCACUACCUCCGAAACCUCCGACGUCCGGUUCGAGCGCUCUUGUUGAGUAUGUUCCUCCGGCGCCAGCUCCCGAGGAUGAGGACCUGGAGAUCAAACUUCGUCGGAUUCUUGAACAUGUUCCAGUUCGCGUCAACAAUACUUCUGGAAGUUCUGCCGGUUCAGGCUCCGGAGACUUUCAUCAGUAUCGUCAAAUGAGAAGGAAAGAACAGGACCGCCUGGCUAGGAUGGAUGCAGACUAUCGGAAAAGAAAAGAAGUGACAGAAUUUAACGCUAGAAGGGAUGAGAGACUGAAAGCUGCUGAGGAAAGGACAUCAAAGAAGCGGUUAAAACGCCAAAAGAAGAAGCAAAAGAAGAAGGAGAAGAAGAGUAAAGUUGAUACUGCUGGUGGGGAAGAACAAAAGAGAGAAGAAUCUUCGGAUGAUGAUUUGGAUUCAGAUGAUGGUGAAGGGACAAAGCAUUAGAGAGUCAUGGUAAUUGCCCUAGUUCUUCUGCUCUCAUUUUUAGGAUCCUGUAAUCUUGUUUCCAGACAUUUUUUGUUUGUCAAAUGAAAAGUAUCAGGUUUGUUAAAAUGUUGUUGAUGACAUAAAUGAAAUAUUUCAAGA